AAAAAUGGUGCCAAUGAAGAUGACUGGGAAACGGAUCCAGACUUUAUUAAUGAUGUAACUGAAGAAGAACAACGAUGGGGAUCCAAGACUGUGGAAGGAUCUGGCCGUACUGCUGCUGCUAUUGACAUUGCUGACUUGAGAGUCCAAGUUGCUCGUGAUGAUGCACAGUUCAAGAGGAGAGAAAUGGAAUCUGGUCCCAAAGCUUCUUUUGGUUAUGGAGGGAGGUUUGGUGUUCAGCAGGACAGAAUGGACAAAAGUGCUCUAGGGCAUGAUUAUAUUGCAAAGGUAGAGAAGCAUGUGUCACAGACUGAUGCAGUGAAAGGCUUUGGUGGAAGAUUUGGGAUUCAAAAUGAUCGGAGAGAUAAGUCAGCACUUGGAUGGGAUUAUCAUGAGAAACUGGAGAAACAUGCCUCUCAAAAAGAUUAUGCAACUGGGUUUGGUGGGAAGUAUGGUGUACAAGAAGAUAGAAAAGACAAGUCAGCAUUGGGUUGGGACUAUUAUGAAAGAACACAGAAACAUGAGUCUCAGACAGACUAUGCCAAAGGUUUUGGUGGAAAAUAUGGUAUUCAGUCAGAAAGGAAAGACAAAACUGCUUUUGGGUGGGAGUAUCAUGAAGAAACUGAAAAACACUCAUCUCAGAAAGAUUAUUCUCAAGGGUUUGGAGGAAAAUAUGGUGUUCAGGCAGAUAGGAAGGAUAAGUUAGCUCAUGGUUGGGAUGAGGUAACCAGAACAGAAGCACAUUCUUCUCAAGUUGAUAUGAAGAAAGGAUUUGGUGGUAAAUAUGGGGUUCAGAGAGAAAACCAAGACAAGUCAGCAUUGCCUUAUUCAGAUGUAACAAAUUUCAAAUCUUCGUGUGAGAGAGUUAAGCCAGAAGUGGUCCCACUUAAAGCUAGAGGACUUAGAGCUAAGUUUGAGAACCUUGCACAAGCUGAAAAAGAAGAAGCAAAUAAACGAACAGAAGAAGAACGAGCAAGGAGAUUAGCAAGAGAUCAUCAAGAGAGGGAGGAAGCUAGAAAAGCAGAAGAGGAAAGGCAAAAAAAAUUAUCUGAAGACAGGAGAAAUCAACCUAUAAAUAUUGAAAAGGAUAAACCACAAAGUGUUUCCAAUAAGUUUAUUGAUGAAACCAUAUCUAAGAGUCCUCAUAUUCCAGCAGGAGCCAAGUCUGUGAUCCCUCAGCAGGAGCCAAGUCUGUGAUCCCUCAGGUAUGUUCUAAAGUUUAGUAUGUUUUCCAUAAGUUUAUUAAAGAAACUACCUAAAUGUCUUCAUAUUCCAGCAGGUGCCACGUCUGUUAUCCCUUAGGUAUAUUCUAAUGUUUAGUAUGUUUUCCAUAAGUUUAUUGAAGAAAGGGGACUAAAAGUUAUCAUAUUCCAGUAGGGGCCAAGUCUGUGAUCCCUUAGGUAUGUUCUAAAGUUUAAAAUGUUUUCCAUACCUUAUU